AGCAGCCGAGUCGAGCAAGAAACAAGUGUCGUUAGGAUCACAAUCCACAAGACAAAAAGAAAAGAAAGAAAAAAUCAUGGGAAGAUCCCCAUGUUGUGAACGUAAUGGCCUGAAGAAAGGACCCUGGUCUUCCGAGGAAGACAAGAAGCUUCUUGAUUUCAUCCAGCAACACGGCCAUGGAAGCUGGAUCUCUCUCCCUAAACGUGCAGGUCUUAAUAGAUGUGGCAAGAGCUGCAGAUUGAGAUGGAUAAACUACUUGCGGCCGGACAUCAAGAGAGGGAGUCUCUCCCCGGAAGAGGAGCAAACCAUCUUAUAUCUCCACUCCGAGCUCGGAAACAAAUGGUCGGCGAUUGCGACGCGGCUCCCGGGCCGGACCGAUAACGAGAUCAAGAACUACUGGAAUACCCACCUGAAGAAGAAGCUGAUCCGCAUGGGCUUCGACCCAGUGACUCACCGACGGAGGACAGAUGUUUUCUCAUCGAGCUUGUCGCAGCUCAUAGCCCUGGCGAACCUGAGCAAGCUGAUCGAUUCUCGACCGCUGGAUGAAUCGGCGCUCGGUUUACAUUCCGAUGCUCUUCAAUUAGCUAAUAGUCUUCAGUACUUACAGGGUCUUCUCCAAUCUCCAGCUUCGGCCGCAACCAGCAACAACAAUCUAUUCAGCCAAACUUCAUGCGUUUCGGAGACAACCCACGAUUAUAACACGUACGAUCCUAUCAAAGAAGACCCGGAUUUUCAUUCGUUGUCGUCGACGACGAAAUUAUUUUCUCAGGGAAUCACCAGUUUCUCUCAACCACUUCCAGACAAUAACUUCACUGCUCAUCAUCAUUUAGCAUCCAAUAAUUUGACAAACACCUCACCACUAGUCCCUUUCAGCUUCCAAACCUCGUUGAAUAACCAUGUCGAGAGGACGACGACAAGUCAAUGUCUCUCCAUGGUCAACGGGGUCGAUCAUCUUCUAGGGACCACGGACUCCGCUCUAUGGUGUGACUACGAUGAUCUCGAUCUGUUUCUUCCUCCAUCUUUGGCUGAAGCAUCCGCAGUCCGUGACCGCCGGGACACCAAAAGCGGCUCUUCCGGAGGCUCUGCUUCUUCGUCUUCUUCAUCUUGGGGCGAGAUUUUCUUCGAAGAUCCGGUGGUGCAUCGAGAACCAUUCUCCUCUCUUACAAAAUUUUAGCAUAAAAGCAUGCUUGAGUGAUUAUUUCCGUAAGUACUUUUCUUUGUCACUAUACAGACCGUGUCGUUACAUUAAUAUGGUUCUUGUGCUUUAGGGCUUGUGUAAAUGACACACUUUGUAUCAGCAUAUACGACAUACCAGCACGUACGGACGUGCGUUAGAUUUGUAUGUAGGCCUCGUGCAAUCCCCAUACAUGCAUAUUGUGUACAUUUUUUGUGGACAUAAUCGUCUUGUGGAUCAAAUCUGACCUCGAGUU